CGAAACUUAUAAAUUCUGUGAAAUAAACUAAGUCGAAUGCAGCUGAAACCAUUCAACAUAGUCCAAAACUUGAAGAGGAGCGACAGCUGGUUGGUUAGAAAGGAAAGACCCGAAAAAGAAACUUGUGAUUCAUGUCGACGAUUGCUCUACACAGACCAAAUUUCUCAAGAAGAUGGAGAAUGGUGCAGGCUUCUGCAAGCAAGGGUGCAGGCUUCUUGAAGAAAUUUACUCCUUCAAACAUCAUAUUCGACACACCGCGUGAAGCUCGACACCAUGAGGAAUACUGGAUGGCCGCUUGGCUGAGAGCAGAGAGCCACUGGGAAGGCCGAGAAAAUGAACGAUAUGCUGAGAGUAACAGAAGAAAAUUCGCCCAACAGGAGUUGAAUGCGAUGACAAGGAGAUACAACUCAAAACUGGGAGAAAAGUGCAUGUGUAUUGUGAUGGGCGAUGUUGAUGGAGAAGAUGAGGCGAAGAAGGAAGAUGGAGAGCUAAAACAUAGCAUAUUGAAAAGUGUAGCUGGAACCUUGGACUUGAGCAUUCAACAUUUGUCACAUGGACAAACCUUUCCAGGGGAAAGGCUGAAGCAUCCUCUUGUGUGCCUCUUGGAUAGAAAAAGCUCAAUCUGCUACGGCUAUAUUGCAAAUUUAUGCAUCGCUAAAUCUGCACGCCGCCAGGGUGUUGCUACCACCAUGCUAAGAUAUGCCAUUUCCGCUGCCAACUCCAAUGGUGCAGAAAAAGUUUUCGUACAUGUCCACCGUCACAAUAAACCUGCUCGAAACUUGUAUCAGAAGAUCGGCUUUCAGGUUGUUGAUGCAGCAAGUUUUCAACUUUACGUGGAACAAACCUACUUAUUAUGCCUUGACGUUUCAAGUUGUGAUGUUCGCCUUUCCAUCUAACGUCGAAGAUGAGCUUUGAUAAGUUAUAGUAUUUCAUUCCUUCUUUAAAAUUAUAUAUAUAUAUUUUUUUUUUAUUUUUUGAUACGUUUCAUAAAUAUAUGUAAUUUCUAUCUUCAAAUAUUAUCUCAUAUAUAAUUUGACAAUUUUAUUCUUAAUGUAAGACUCUUUCUCCAUUAUUAAUACCCUCAAUAUGAGAUA